AUGCCCCCCCUCUUGUAUUUUUUUCUAGAAGGCCAAUGCCCCCCCUAUUCCUGCAGGAAUCCGGUCAUUCCGGUGGAAUUCCGGUGGAUUCCGGUGGAAUGGAAUUUAGCAGAAGGCCCUGCUAAAUUGUUUAUUCUGGUGUUUUCCAUUCCGGUGGAUUCCGGAAUUUUAUUUAUUUUCAAUGGAUCACAAACAAUGCACCAAACAUGGCCACUCUCUUCUUCCACCACCACCACCAUGCUCGUCACCGCCGCCAACGCCACGCCAUCACCGUCACCCAUAGCCACCACCGCCAACAUCGCUCCUCGAUCACCCAUGGCCACCACGACCACCAACAUCAACCACAACACCCUUCAACAACAACGCGGCGACGCCACGUCACGAAACAACGAGCGCCGUAACCCACGAAAACACCCAACGCCCACGAAAACAACGCUCCCGGACACAAAACGACACCUGACGGGCACACAACGACGCCCACCGCCCAUGUACACCGCCAGCGCCCACGAAAACCAUACCCCGCCCACGAAAACAUCCCACCACCCACCGAAAAACACGAGCGCCCACCGAAAAACACGCGCCGCCCACCGAAAAACACGCGCCGCCCACCGAAAAACACGCACCGCCCACACGACAUACGACGGCACCACGCCGCCUACCAAAACCACCACGUCCACACCAACGCCACCCACGACGACGCCCCCAAUGGCAACCAGUGCCCACGACGACGGCGACGACAACGUCACGAAUAACGCAACAACGCGGACACACGAUGAAAACGCGAACACACGACGAAAACGCGAACACGCGACGAGGAGGCGACAACGAAAUGCGACUCAACGAUGGGAUGCCAACGCGGGACGACCAUGGCCGAGCUGCAACUCGGCUGCAUAUUCUCCAUCUGAAUCUUUCCCUGAAGGUGUUGGGGAAUUUCGAGUCAACAUGCAUACUGUGUGUAUGGUGUACCGGGACUUUUCAUGGUUGAGUGCAAAAAGAAUGAAGUUGUGUUACACUUCCCUUGGUAUGGACUAA